CGAUGGCUGCGUUUAGCGCCGGUUAUAUUUUGAAAAUCAUAAACGGAUGGACUGUUUUUUCUGUUUCCGGUAAACAGGAAGUGUAGUUUUUAGGUAACAAGCUAACGUUACAUGUUUACAAGGAGCAGUAACGAGUUAUUUUAGCCUGUGUAGCUAACUGAGAAUAACACAAAUGAACAUGAGUUAACACUAAAGCUGUUGACUGGGAACAGGGUUCUGAGGAUGACAGUCCUGAACCUGUCCUUCGCUGCCUGUGGCUUUUUAGGGAUCUACCACCUGGGUGCUGUGGGGGCCUUUCUCCGCCACGGGGACCGGCUGCUGGGCUCCCUCCGGGCCUGUGCAGGGGCCUCUGCUGGGGCCCUGGUGGCUGCUGUAAUGAUCACAGCUCCUGACAAGUUAGAGGACUGUAAAGAGUUCACCUACAGGUUUGCUGAGAGCGUGAGGAGGCAGAGGUUUGGAGCAGUCACACCAGGAUACGACUUCAUGCUCGAACUGCAGGACGGGAUAGAACACAUUCUGCCCAGUGAGGCUCACACUCUGGCCUCGGAGCGACUCUUCAUCUCGAUAACACACUCCAGAAGUGGCAAGAACCACAUCGUGUCCAGGUUUAGCUCCAGAGAGGAGCUCAUAAAGGCUCUACUGGCCAGCAGCUUUGUGCCUGUAUAUGCUGGACUCAAACCAGUGGAGUUGAGAGGACAGAAAUGGAUUGAUGGUGGCUUCACUGACAGCCUGCCCAUUCUGCCCGUGGGACGAACCAUCACUGUGUCUCCCUUUGCUGGACGGCAGGACGUGUGUCCUGUCCACAUGGGGCGCUUCAACACUCACCUCAAAUUGGCCAACAUGAACGUAGCAUUCUCCAUGGAGAACAUCAAGCGUCUGAACCAGGCUCUGUUCCCCCCCCCUAGCGGAGGCAUGCAGGCUCUAUGUGAGGAAGGCUUCAGUGACGCUGUGAGGUUCCUGAAUAGAGACGCCUGGAUGAGCUGACAGUGCCAUGAGUUGAUGAAGCAUUACGCCCAGUGCCAUGAGUUGAUGAAGCAUUACGCCCAGUGCCAUUUACAGAAAUAUGAAUUUUAAUAUAUUUAUUCCUUGUGUGAUUUCCUUUUUUUUUUAAAAGAAAUUAAAAUGUAUUAAAACAUUACAUUGUGUUUUUAAUUCCGAAGGAUCCAGAGUGGUGCAGUGGUGACAUAAACUGGAAGCAAGGGCUCCUUUAGCAAAAAGCCAACAGGAUUUUUUCAUCACAUUGUGGGCCUUUUCUUCUGCAGCUCAACGUGAUAAAAAGCCCUCAUGUGAGCUCAUCAAUUUUCAUUUAACUCACCUAGCUCGAAGCAGUAAGGGAAAACCUAUCGGAUAUUGCAGCACUUCACAGGAAGUCCACUCUGCCGUCAUGGAUGUUGGGAGCUCCCUCUGGAUGCGGGGAUGGAGCUUCAUCUUUGAAGUGCCAGACGUUGCGCUGGGUUUCUGUGCAUGAGCAGGUUCUCCAUCAGCGUUCAGACGGGCGCUCCACCCUCAGGACAGACGGAGACGCUGCUUCAAUGAAGAGAGAUUUACUAGGGACGAGGCAAAUUGAUUAUGUUGUACUAUCUACAGUUAAUGCCCCAAAGGAAGUGGAACAUUUCAUAGGACCUUUCUUUAAUUUACUACAACAUAUCGGAACAGCAGGCAGACCAGGGCUGGGUAUCGGACAUCAAUAAUAUGGCAGUCCUGCGGCGUGUACUGUAUUUCCAAAGAGACAAAAGCAACUACAUGAGGAUCCUGACUAUACUCCGCAGUGGGAAACUUCUCCCAUGGUGAGGAGUAAAAUACAGUUUUAUACGGGAUGCCAUCGUCAUGUAAAUGUCAACCAAAGAUACCUCACUUUUCCUAUAUCAAGAAAUGUAAAUCAAUGAUUCAAAAGAACAUGCGAGUUGUUUUUGUACUUACAAGUAGAGUAAGAAAUACCAAAUCACUGCUGAAUUGAA